CGUCACAAUUUUUCACAAGUCGCCGCGUUUUAUCGUCACGGAUUGCGACAAAUCGGUGGCGAGAUAAGAUUAACGAUAUAAUCCCAAGUAUUAGGGUAUCGGAUCGUUAUUAGUUUAUAUUGGGCUAUGAAUUCGCGAUAUAUCUCGGUUACUUUGGUGCUCUGCUGCGUCUCCUGCAAUCUGCGGCAGGUGCACGCUUCCGAUCAGCGGCUCGAGUACUGUCCUCCUGACGAAUACGACAUAACGAAGGCUUGCUCUUUGAGGGGCUCGCAAAUUUCCCAAGUCAAGUGGAACCACUACGCCGGUUUCUACUGCUACAACUACACGAACGAGUUCAGGCUCAACUUCAAGUACAAGUACGUGGUGGUGCCGGCCAGCUGCGACCGUCUUAACCUCACUUUUGAUGUCCCCGUCGCCGUCAACGGUUCGGAAGUGUUUUCGUUCGAUUAUAAGGACGCCAGGUCCGCGGCGCUCCUCAGACGAUCUUUCAAGUCAGAUUCCUUGUUCGACAACUUCGUCAAAUGUUGCGAAGAGGCGGAACAUUGCUGCUCGAACGCGAUGACGGGAGAGAACAUCGUCAGCACCGCCGAGUACUGCCCUGUGGUUUGGGACGCUUGGUCUUGCUUCCCCAGGACGAAGGUCAACACGACGAGAUUGAUAACGUGUAGCAGCCAAGCCUACCAGAAUCCAGACGGAGUAUGCGCAUUGGAAAGCAGAAAAGACUGUCUCUGGAACUCCUCGACCGGCCUAGCCGAAUGGAACCAACAGACGGACUACAGCACAUGCGCGAUAGCUCCCGUCUACCUCAAACGCUAUUCCUUCCACGUGAUCUUCCUGUACGUCUGCAUCGGUUGUUCUCUGCCCGCCAUCGCGAUCUUUUUCGCCUUUUCGACGUUUCGCGAGACGACCAGGGUGAUCCUCCAUCGUAACCUGCUGAUCGCCAUAGUUGUCCGCAACGUCCUGACCAUCUUGGCAAAGGACUUGGUGCUAAUCGACGCGUUGCAGUCGAACGCGAUCAGCAAUCACGUCAUGGAGAGGAACACGGUGGGUUGCAGGGUUUUGGCGUUCUUUGUCAGCGCCGCCACCAACUCCAUCUACGCGUGCAUGUUCGUAGACGGCUAUUAUUUGCACGCCGCCAUUGUCAGGUCGUUUGCCAAGGAGCCGAGACGCUUGCAUUUGUACCUCGUUGUGCUGAUUUUGACACUGGUGCCAUCUAUAAUAUGGGCAACGAUAGUCGGGAUCAACGGCAGAGUGGACUGUUGGAUGGUAGAUAGACACAACGAGCAAUGGGCGGUGGACGGUUUGAGAAUAGUGAUACUGCUGAUCAACUCCGGGCUCCUACUAGAUAUUAUCCGAGUGAUGAUCUCGAAGAUGAAGCAGGGCGGACCGACGAGACAAACCAAGGCAGCGUUUAGGGCGACCUUGUUCCUGAUACCCUUGUUUGGACUUCACAUAUUCAUCACAGCCAAGAAGGUGGUAGUGGACGAGAGUUGCCUAGCGGAAGACGUCUACGACUACUUCAGGUAUUCGAUGGAGGCGCUUCAGGGCAUAUUCGUGGCGGUUUUGUUCUGCUACGCUAAUCGCGAAGUACACGGCGAGAUCAGAAACGCGCUCAGAAAGCUCGACAUCCACCUCGAUCAGAAGUACGGAUGGAGUUUCAAAAAGACGUCGACGAACAGAAGAAGAACCACUACCGCCACCUACGUGGCGCCCAGCGAAAGACGCGACAGCUUUUAAUGUUAAAUUCUUUUAUACCUACACCGUAUUUAUAAAUUAAUUAUAAUAAAGUUUUC